AUGUUGGAAACUGCGAGUACAAAUGGCGCGGCAAUCGAUGGUCGCACGAUGUCAUCGGUUGGAGACGAUGAGAGCGUGAACUCGGCAUCGAUGGAUUUGAAGAAGAUGAUCGGUUUCAUUGGUGCAUUCUACUGGCUGGUCAUGACCGUUUUAAUUGUACCUGGUGCUGUGGUCGCUACUUUCGUGACGGUUAUGGUGCCAACUAUGCUGAUCUGGUAUGCAAUUGCUCAGUUUCCGUUUCUGUGA